GUUCUGAAGAAGAAAAAUAACCCCUAUAUUAUUCCAGUAAAGUGCUAGCAUGUCUCGUUGGCCCCAUGUCAUUCUUUUGCUAGUACUGCUAUCCACUUCAGUCUCUGCACAUACGGAACGUAGGCGAUCAAUCGCAGGAUGGGUGGAGGCGGAUCCUGAAAUCAUUCCUUAUGUUACCGUCCGUGUGGUGGAUGGCCGCGCAGGGAUCAUUGUACGAACCGCAAGCCUUGACGUCACCAAUACCUUCAGUUUUAUAGGGCUGCCAGACACCGUCAAGGAAGUUCAAGUGCUUGUUGAGCUUUUUGAUCCUCUUUAUCGAUUAAAUACGGCAGAUUCGGUUUUGUCGUUGCCUCUGGACAAUAGCAAACCACUUCACUUUAAAGUUGCUGUAGAAAAAGUCGCACAAGACUCACUGAGCACGGCUACAUCUUGGGAAGCAGACCGUUGUGUACUAGCGCUAGCCACACUGUUUGCUAUUGUCUGUAUGUGGGUAACUCGUUAUUCACUAAUUUCGUUCAUUGACUCACACCCUUUUAAGCUGCCAGAGGCGAAAAGGACGUUGGUUAUGCGUUGAACUCGUUUUUUCCUUCUAAUACUUUUUCUCCCCCAGAAACGUGUCUGUGUGUACAAAAAUAGUAUCAGGUUGUAGGGAUAGGAAUCCCCAGAUUUUGGCGUGUAAGAAAGUUUAAACCAUUAAUCACUUAA